AUGGGCGACGACGAUGUGCUCGUCGACCUGGGCGGCGGCGUGGGCAAGUCUGUCGUCGGGGGGGUCAUGAUCUUCAACGCCUCCCAGGGCUUCAGCGUGGAGCUCUCCGAGAGCCGCUUCGCGCGCGCCUGCCGCGCCCUGGAGCGGCUGGAGGGCGCCGCCGCCUCGCGCGCUUGCGGGCGCGCGUGCCGGGAGCGGGCGGGGCGGCCCGGGCUGAUCGAGAUGGCGCACGGCGACCUCAUGGACUUCGACCUGUCGGCCGCGACCGUGGUGCUGGCCUUCUCCACCUGCUACCCCCUGGAUUUCCAGGCGAGGCUGCAGAGGAAGCUGCUCCGGGAGCUUCGUCUGGGCGCGCGUGUUUACGCGCCCCAGCACAAGGGCUGGGACGAGGGGCUUGUGCUCGGCGGGCGGAGCCUGGCCCCCAUCCCCUACGACUUCGGCCACGCCUUCCGGGUGGAGGCCGUGGGCACCGCGCCGGGGGAGCUGUGA